GUCGUCUUCUUCAUCUGAAAAUUGAGAAAAAAAAAAAGGUCACCGUAGUUUCUCUCAAUCUAAACCCUAAUUUUCUUCACCGUAAUUCUCCCGAACAUGGCAGAAUCCGAAUCUAAGAUCUAUCACGAACGACAACGAUUACAAUUUUGCCUCUUGCACUCCCUCAACAAUCUAUUUCAGGACAAAGACGCAUUCACUAGAGAAAGCUUGAACUCAAUCGCAGAGAAGCUCGUGACCGAUGAUCCAAACAAAGAAACAUGGACACCUCUCUCAUUCCUCCUCAAGCCUCACCACAAUACACUCACUGGUAACUACGACGUAAACGUGAUGAUUACAGCUCUUGAAGGAAAAGGCAAGAGUGUUGUUUGGCAUGAUAAGCGUAGUGGAGCUUCUUUAAUUGAUCUUGAUGAUGCAGAUACUUUAAUGGGUAUUGUGUUGAAUGUUCCUGUUAAGAGAUAUGGUGGACUUUGGAGAAGUAGGCAUUGGGUUGUGGUUAGAAAAAUCAAUGGUGUUUGGUAUAAUUUGGAUAGUGAUCUCGUUGUGCCACAGCUGUUUAAAGAUGAUGAUGAAGUCAACAAUCCUCAAGUCUCAAGUAAGGUAUCUGCAAUUUAUAAAGCUACAGGAACAAAACGGUUCAAUGCAAACACUAGACCAGUAACUCCUGGUAAGCAAUCCUCAGUCAAGGGACCAUAUGGUAAGAAUCCGGGAUGCACAACAAGCUGUGGUUUGAGGCUACCGAGGAAAACGGAAUGCACAGCAGCAAGACUGAUCAGACAUCUCAGCUGUAAAUUCGUUUUGGGCUUACGUCUGGUGGUGAUGAGGAAGAAGAAGAAGAAGAGAUCUCCACCAUUAAAGAAGGCUUCUUCUUCUGGUAUAUCUCAGCCUUCGGUCAUCUCUGUCGUUAAUGAUAAUAAUCACAGAUCAGACGCAAUAGAAGACUGCAUACAAUUCAUAAACUCAUCUUCCUCCUUCACAAGAUCAAGUUCUGACAGUGGGUGUAAAUCUUAAGUUUUAGUUAUGCCUUUACGUUUCGAUAAUAUGUUUGCUACGCAAUAGCAUAUUAGAUAA